AAGACAAGUACCACGGAUUCUGUGAAUUUUGUUGACAGGUUGAAGAACACCGAUUUUUAAGGUGUUUCAUCCUUCCCAGUUUAGUCGUGAGUCUGCAUUGGCUACCAUGGCAUCAUCAGAGGGCUCUAAGUUAUGGGGAGGGCGUUUCACCGGCAAGACUGACCCUAUCAUGGAGAAAUUUAACGCGUCCAUAGGCUUUGAUAAGAGGAUUUGGAAGGAGGACAUAAAGGGUAGUCAAGCCUAUGUAAAGGCUUUAGAAAAAGUUCAUAUCGUUACUAAGGAAGAAAUGACGACAAUUUUGGAUGGAUUGGAGAAGGUGGCGAAGGAAUGGGAUAGUGGCAACUUCGCAUUACAGCCAGCCGAUGAGGAUAUCCACACUGCAAAUGAAAGAAGACUAAAGGAACUCAUCGGUGAACCUGCCGGUAAACUGCACACAGGUCGAAGCAGGAAUGACCAAACUGCGGUGGACAUGAGAAUGUGGAUGAAGUCGGCUCUUGCAACCAUCAGAGUUUAUGUCAUGGAACUCAUCAAGGUUUUCGUGAACAGAGCGAAGCAGGAGAUUGAUAUCUUGAUGCCAGGCUACACACAUAUGCAAAGAGCGCAGCCCAUUAGAUGGAGCCACUGGUUACUCAGCUAUGGGUGCAUGUUGAAGCGUGACCUCGAACGCCUUGAUGAGAUGGCCAAAAGGUCUGAUGAAAUGCCACUUGGAAAUGGUGCCUUGGCUGGGAACCCCUUUGAUGUCGACCGAGACUUUCUAGCAAAGGAGCUGGGCUUUUCCGGUGUGACUUGGAAUAGCUUGGACGGGACUGCAGGGAGAGACUUUAUAGCUGAAUUCUUAUCCUGGGCUUCUCUCACCUCCAUCCAUUUGAGUAAAUUGGCCGAGGAUCUCAUCAUAUACUGCACAAAGGAGUUUAGCUUUGUGGCUCUAUCGGAUGCUUAUUGCACUGGUAGUAGCUUGAUGCCUCAGAAGAAGAAUGCAGAUAGUCUGGAACUGAUUCGUGGAAAGGCAGGAAGAAUAUUUGGUCAGUGUUCUGGCUUCAUGAUGACUUUGAAGGGAUUGCCGAGCACUUACAAUAAAGAUCUUCAAGAAGACAAGGAGGCUGUGUUUGAUACAUUUGACACCUUAUCAGGUAUACUGCAAGUUGCAACUGGAGUUGUCUCAACAAUGAAGGUGGAUGAAGCCAACUGCCGCGCUGCUUUGAGUCCAGACAUGUUGGCUACAGAUGUGGCCUACUAUCUUGUGAGGAAAGGGGUGCCAUUCCGGACCGCUCAUAGCAUAUCUGGCCAGUGUGUGGCUUUGGCUGAAACACAGGGCUGUCUUCUCACUGAACUUAAACUGGAUGAUCUUAAGAAAAUUCAUUCAUUGUUUGAUACAGACAUCGCUAAAGUCUGGGACUAUGAGAGUAGUGUUGAGCAAUACCAAGCCUUUGGAGGAACAAGCAAGACAAGUGUUGAGCAACAAAUCCAAAAAUUCGAAUCAUGGAUGCUGAAAUUGUAGUUCAGAUCAAGUCAGAUCAGCUGAUCUACUAGUUGAUACAAAACUUGGUGGAAUGAAUUGAUUGUGGUGCCAGAGCACAGCUAGCAUUCAAUUGUGAAUUUUAGGUAUGAUUGUACACGUAUUCUAGUCUACAUGUACUAGUCUCCAUGUGAUCAAAGGCAUUUUUCAAGUAAGCGGAACUAUACUGGCCAGAAAAAAGAAAGUGGGUUUUUGAAAGAUAGCCCAAAAUUUAAUGAAUAUGAAGAUCAGAAGUGCACAUAACAAACAUUCCUGAGAGCCUAUCACCAGGUGCAUAGCCUUGUCCUUACUCGUGUGGCUGCACAGUGUGGCUGCACAGUGUGUUCAGGAAGCGGUGCAAUCCCUCAUUUGCUGGUGCUAAAAUGUUUUUUGUAAGGACUUAUAUAUUGUCUGAAAUAAUAUGCCAUUUUGUGAUUAUUGAUGCAUCUUCUGUACACUUACAUGUAGUGAAUUACCUUAAAAACAGUACUCUUUAAGGAGUGAUUUUCUCAUUAAAUGCAAUUAGUAGUCAUGAUCACUUAAUUGAUACCGUACAAAUGUAUGUAUAAU